AUGUCAGCCCGUCGCACGUCCCUUCCGUCUUCUUCCACCCUUCUCCUGAAGUGGUCGGCAGACUUCAACUCAUUACCUUAACGUCACCUGCCAAUCCCAAAUCAACACAAACGAAGUCAUCACGAAGCUAACUUUCCUCCGAUAUGGCUCUCAGAGUGAGUGCUGCCGAGGACCUGAAAAAGGCAAAAAAAUACUGAUCGCUGGGUGUAGACUCUUGGUGCAAAGGCGGCUGCGGCCCUCGAUAAGGACUUGAUGAGUACUGGUGCCUUUUCUAUUGACCAGCUGAUGGAACUUGCCGGUCUAUCCGUUUCUCAAGCCGGUAUUAUUGACGUCGACCCAGAGCGCCAUGGCAGAUGAAAUUGACAUCUGAUGUAGUCUACCGUGUUCACCCACCUAGCCGGGGCGUGAAUGUCCUGAUUGCCUGUGGACCUGGAAACAACGGUAGGCCUGGGUCCCUGCCGAGAGUACAACGUAAAGCUCACCUAGCUGCAGGGGGCGACGGAUUGGUUGCCGCCCGGCAUCUUCGUCACUAUGGCUACAAUCCGACUGUUUACUACCCCAAGAGAAGCAAGAACGAAUUAUACCAACGACUGGCGCAGCAGUUGGUAGAUCUGAACGUUCCAUUUGUCGACGAUUUCACGGCGGCUCUCAAGUCAACGGAUCAUAUCGUAGACGCCAUCUUCGGAUUCAGUUUCUCUGGCGAAGUUCGCGAGCCGUUCCCUGCAGUGAUCAGGGCACUCGAAGAAACAAAGUUGCCUGUGACAUCGGUUGACGCUCCUUCGUCAUGGGACAUCGAGGGUGGCCCGCCUCCGUCUGGCCCUGGCAGCUCUUUCCAACCUGCAGUACUCGUCAGCCUGACGGCGCCCAAGCCGUUGGUUAAGCAUUUCAAGGGGCGCCAUUUCAUCGGCGGAAGAUUCGUAUCGCCGGGCAUUGCUGAAAAGUACAAUGUGGACAUUCCGCCAUACGAAGGCAUCGACCAGGUGGUAGAGGUUGACAACAAUGGUCAGAAGCUAUGAAUGAGUCAGUCGACACGGUCUUUUUUUUUUUCUUCUUUUCUUGUUGGUUGCUGUAGUAUUUACCGUUCUAUCUCUGGGGACCUAGA